AUGAAGACAAAUACAGAAUCUCUUGCAUGGGAGAAUUUAAGAUAUGAUUUAUAUCCAUGGAUAAAAGAAGCUAUAUCAUCUAUGGGCUAUCCUACGAUGACACCAGUACAAGCUUCAACUAUUCCUUUAUUAAGUGGGAACAAAGAUGUUGUGGUAGAAGCAGUUACUGGAUCUGGUAAAACUUUAUCUUAUGUAAUUCCUGUGUUACAGAAAAUAUCUACUAGAUUAUAUAAAAAAGAUGAUGAUGGUGAUUUACCAGAAAAAGUUAAACGUGGACAUAUGUUAUCUAUUGUUCUUGCACCAACUAGAGAAUUAGCAAAUCAAAUUCAAUCAGUUUUUGAUAAUGUAUUACAAUAUCUUCCAAGUGAUUAUAAAAGUAUAAAUACACAAUUAUUAGUGGGGUCAAUGGGAACAGUUAGAGAAGAUAUUGAUAAUUUUUUGAAAAAUCAACCACAAAUUUUAAUUGGUACACCAGGAAGAAUAUUAGAUUUUUUGGGUUCUCAAUAUGUGAAAACAAAUUCAUUGGAAAUAGCUAUUUUAGAUGAAGCUGAUAAAUUACUUGAUUGUUCAUUUGAAACAGAUGUGGUUAAUAUUUUAAGAAAAUUACCUAAACAAAGAAGAACAGGUUUAUUUUCAGCAACUUUAUCUUCUGCUGGUGAUACAAUUUUUAGAACAGGUAUGAAUAAUCCUGUUAAAGUUCAAGUGAAAUCAAAAAAUAGUCUUGGUGAACAAGUUAAUGCUCCAAAAAGUUUACAAUUAUCUUAUAUUAUGAUUCAACCAGAAUUUAAAAUCACAACACUUUUGGACAUGUUAUCCAAAUAUCAAUACAAAAAGGCAAUAGUUUAUUUCCCAACUUGUACUUCCGUGAAACAUUUUUAUCAAAUAUUUUCCAAAAUUCCAUUUAAUAAAAACGAUAAUGAUGAAGAAGAGGAUUUGAAAUUUUUUUCUUUACAUGGUCAAUUAAAUACCAAGGCUAGAUUAAGAACAUUAGAGAAGUUUACAGAAGGUGAUGCAAAUACUAAUAAAUGUGUUUUAAUGGCGACUGAUGUUGCAGCCAGAGGUAUUGAUAUACCGGAUGUUGAUUUAGUCAUACAAAUCGACCCUCCAACUGAUCCUGAUGUAUUCUUGCAUAGAUGUGGUCGUACAGGUAGAGCGAAUAAAGUUGGUCGUGCUAUACUUAUGUUAAAUGAAGAUUCACAAGAAGAAGAUUAUAUUGGAUUUAUGCAAGUUAAAGGAAUCAAUUUAAACGAAAUGAAAAGGUCAAAUAUUGAUCAAAAAGACCAUGAUUUAUUUCAAAAGAAACUUCGAGAAUAUAUGCUUGAAGAUAGAGCUCGUCAUGAAUUGGGCGUGAAAUCUUAUGUUGGAUUCAUUAGAUAUUAUUCAAAACAUAUUGCUAGUUCGAUAUUUCGUAUGGCAUCAUUGGAUUAUUUGGCCGUUGCUAAAAUGUAUGGAUUGUUGAGAUUACCGAAAAUGCCAGAAACAAGAUAUAUAAAUAAAGAUGCCAUGCCUGAAAAUGGAUGGUUGGGUGAUGUUAUAGAUAUGGAUAAAUACAGCUAUGCUGAUAAACAACAAGAGAAAUCAAGAUUAGAUAAUCUUGAACAAGACAAGUUGAAAAAAAUUGAGGAUGCUAAAAGAAGAAAAGAAUUAAAAAGUAAAGAAUGA